AUGCAAGAGAUACAUGCUGGAGAGUGCGGAGAGCACCAAGGAAUGAAGAAGCUUCACCGGCAGCUACUAAGCAUUGGGUAUUAUUGGCCUACCAUGAAGAAGGAUGCACAUGACUUUGUUAAGAAAUGCCACACAUGCCAAAUCCAUGCUAAUCUAAGCCACAAACCUCCUACAUUGCUGCAAGACAUGCGCACUCCCUGGCCUUUCCAUACUUGGGGGCUUGAUUUAAUUGGGACAAUCCAUCCCCCUUCCGAUGGCUACAUAUGGAUCCUCACCGCUACGGAGUAUUUCACGAAAUGGGUUGAGGCAAUUCCCCUUCGAAAGGCCACAGGAGCUGCUGUCUCGAAUUUCAUUCGGGAAUAUAUUGUGUGUAGGUUCGGAAUCCCAUACAAGAUGGUCACCGACAAUGGCACACCUUUUGUUAACAAGCAAGUGAGUUCAACCCUUAGUGGGUACGGUAUCAAGCAUCGUCGCUCUACGCCUUAUUACCCGCAGGGAAACGGUCAAGCGGAGGCUACCAAUAAAACGAUAUUGAAGAUUCUAAGCAAGAUGAUAUAUGAGUAUCGAGGAGGCUGGAGUGUUCACUUGCCGGAUGCUUUGUGGGCUUAUCGCACCUCACCAAGGAGCGCUACAGGUUUUUCACCUUACUCACUUGUGUACGGAUCUGAGGCUAUUUCACCCGGGGAAAUCACCAUCCCGACAGCCAGGAUAGCAGCUGUCAAUGAUCUUGAAUGGGAUGCAAAGACAUGCUCAGAUUGGCGUUUGCUAGAUCUCGAAGCAGUUGAUGAGAAAAGGAUGGAAAGCUGA